AUGCCUUCCGGAACUGGGAAAACUGUAUCAUUACUAUCUUUGAUCGUGGCAAUUCAAACGACUUAUAAAGAUAAGCGGAAGUUAAUUUAUUGUUCACGAACAGUUCCAGAAAUUGAGAAAGCUUUAGCAGAACUUCGUAAUCUUAUUGAAUAUCGAAAACGAUGUGGAGCAAAGGAUGAAUACUUAGGACUUGGCCUAACAUCUCGCAAAAACCUUUGUAUAAAUUCUUCGGUAAAUCAGGAGAAAUGGGGCAAGGUGGUGGAUGCUCGAUGUCGAAAUCUUACGGCGUCAUGG